AUGACAAUGGGAAUUGCUGAAUUGGCGAAGGUAAUUCUCCACAUCAGUGGUCCUUCGAAGGAAAAGAGACCCCAACGAGGAGGCUUCAGUCACACGGCAUCAGCCACGAGAACCUCGCAGUUUCGCUUAAAAUCUUUGGCCAUUCACUGGGUAUCCAGCAGAAUUGGAAAGGAACUCCACGAAGAAGAGGACAAAGAAGCAGCUCCAAAGAUGGCGAGUAUCAAGAGUCGAAGCGCAUAUAAAGGGCAACUUACCAGUGUAAAGACAGCCAUAUCCCGCUACCAUGAAGAUGAAAGUCUGUUGAGUAGAGACGGUGCUCGAGCGUAUCUUGAGACGAAUUUGGAGAUUUGUGACAGAAUCAGGGUUCGAUACAAUAGGGUACAGGAUGAAAUCAUUAACCAAGCUGAAUCAGAAGAAGAGCGCGAAAGGGAAAUUGAGGAGCAAAAUAAUUUCCUAUUGGAAAUUGAUGAAGCGGAAGAGAAACUGACUGAACUGAUUGUCAAUAUCAAAGUCAAUGAAUCUGCAAAGAAAGAUCUUUUCCAUUCAACCGUCAUUGAAGAUGAACGAAUUGACAAACUUCUCGAUGGCUUCUCAAAACUCGUAGAGCGUAUGGAUGGUAGUGAGAAUUCCAAGUAUUCGAAACUCGAACCAGUGAAAAUCCCCACAUUUAACGGAGAGCAUGCGCAGUGGCGUUCAUUCAAAGAGAUGUUCAUCAAUCUGGUGGACAGCAACAAGAAACUGUCAAAGACGCAAAAGCUGUACCAUCUCAAGACGAAGUUGACAGGAAAGGCCUUUGACGCCAUUGAUCAUCUCGACAUGUGUGAUGAAAGCUACGACAUAGCGUGGGAAACCAUCACAAACCGAUUUGAGUGCAAGAAAAAGGUCAUAAACGGUCACAUCGAACGCAUCAAGAGCCUACCUACUCUGAAGAAUCCUAUCGUCGAUGAUCUCAGGAAUAUCUACGAUGUCUCCACGACGACUAUCAACGCAAUGGACGCUUUGAAGGUCAACACUCGAGAUCCGUGGAUCAUCUACGAAGUCCUGAGCAAACUCGAUCACGAGACACAGACGCUAUGGUCGCAGGAGCAGUCAGACGUGCCAACAUGGGACGAGUUUAAGGUUACUCAAGACAAUCCUCAAUCAGUUUCCGAGGAUCAGAAGAAACCAGCCGUGCUGAGUAGCUUUCUUCCGUCAAACAAGAGUGCCAAUGGUGAGAUUCAUCGCUCUAUUUUGAAGACAGCAUGUGUAAGAAUUCUGGAUUCCCAACAAAAUGUCCAUGUGUGUCGCGCCCUUUUGGAUUUUGGAUCCGAGAUUUCUGUGAUGACAACCGAAUUGUGCCAGAGAUUGAGAUUGAAGUUGCAAAAGUCCCCUUACACUCAAGUUGAAGGAUUUCAAGGACAAGUAAGCAGCCUCAAGCAUCAAGUGAAUGCAAUCCUCAUCCCUCAGGAAGGAACGCAAAUUUCUUUGCAAUGUCAGGUUUCACAAAAGAUCUCCACCAAUUUGCCUACAUCUCAGAUAAACCCUCGGGAUGUAAGGGUUCCCACAGGAUUCGUGCUCGCUGACCCAGAGUGGCAUGUGUCUAGGCCAAUUGACCUACUCAUCGGAGCAGCACACGAAGACGAAAUUAUGCUGGACGAAGUUUACAAGAUGGGCCCAGGAAUUCCAUCACUCAGAAAUACCGUCUUCGGUUGGGUAGUUUACGGAAAAUGGCAGCCUAAUGGCGCACAAUCAGCAGACACUCCCCCCGUUUGCCACACAAUAUCCCUGAACACCAUCGAUGAGACCCUCAGGAAAUUCUGGGAACUCGAAGAACUCUCAGAAGAAUGUCCACAAACGGUCGAGUAUAGGGAAGUGGAAGAAUUAUAUUCAAGUACGACAAAAAGAUCGGAAAACGGUCAGUACAAUGUUCGUCUACCUUUGAAGGGAAACUUCGGUGAACUCGGAUCUAACCGAAAGCGAGCUUCAAGGCAACUGAACUUCCUAGAGAGAAGGCUCUCACAGAAUCCUCAACUAUACAAGGAGUACUCUAAUAUCUUUGAAGAGUAUCUGAGUUUGGGAAUCAUAGAGAGAGUGCCUCUGAUCGAGCCUCAAGCUAAGUCAUAUUACAUGACACAUCACUGUGUUGUUCGAGAAAACGCGUCAUCCACCAAAGUCAGGAUCGUUUUCAACUGCGGAUCUGUUUCUGAGACCGGCAUAAGUCUCAACGAUGUUAUCAAAGUGGGGCCUGUCGUUCAACCGGAGUUGAUAGAGAUCUUGUGGAGAUUUAGACGAUUCCCGAUUGCACUAUCCUGUGACAUUGUCAAAAUGUAUUUGCAGGUACAACUCAAUGAGGAUCACAGAGAUUUGCAACGUUUUCCUUGGCGAACAUCACCAAGUGAACCAAUCAUGGACUACAGGUUCAAGACCUUGUGUUUUGGCAAUGCUGCGUCACCCUAUCUUGCCACAAAGACGUUGAUCAAACUUGCAGAAGAUGAAGGAGAAAGUUACCCACGAGCAGCAGAAGUUCUUCGGAACAAUUUUUACGUGGAUGACUGUCUAUUGUCAGUGGAGACCACAAAGGAAGCGAUCGAGGUGCAGAAAGAUCUCAUUAGUCUUCUCGGCAAAGCUCAAAUGAAGCUAUCCAAGUGGCAAUCCAACUCUCCGACAGUACUUCAAACAUUGCAAGAAAGCAACACAGAGGCAAAGGAAGUCUCAAUCUCUGAUGGCUGUGUGAAAGCACUAGGAUUGAUGUGGAAUCCGUCAAACGACACCUUUUCAUUUCAAGUCGAUACAAUGGUCGAGAAUUUAGUUCCAACCAAGAGAAAUAUCCUGAGAGUGGUGGCAAGGAUUUAUGAUCCGCUAGGACUACUAGCCCCCAUCACAAUCAACGCGAAAUUAAUCUUGCAGAAUCUUUGGAAGAAUGAGAUUGACUGGGAUACCGAGGUUGAGGGAGAUAUUUUGCGAGAGUGGAAAAAAUUUAUUGCCUCACUACAACACAUUCCGUCUAUGAGAAUAUCUCGAUGGACAUCGAAAAACGAAAAUGUUUGUGAAGAGCAGCUCCACAUGUUCUCGGAUGCCUCCAACCUAACCUACGGAGCCGCAGUGUACCAUGUCACCAAGGAUGUCUCAGGACGAAUUUCAAGUCAGAUGUUGACGGCGAAGUCGAAAGUUGCGCCAAUCAAAACUAAGACAAUCCCUAAGCUAGAACUUUGUGCAGCAACACUUGGGGCCAAACUGUUAGCAAAGGUCGCAAAAAGUCUGAAAAUCAGCAAGGUUUAUUGUUGGGUAGACGCCAAGGAGAGUGAUUUAGCCUGGGAAAGCAAGGAAAGUGUUCCACCAGCAGUCGAGGAGUCACAAGACAUUUCAGUCGCUACACUCACUGUCAACAAGUCAGAAGGAAAUUACAUUUUCACUACCCUCGUGUCAAAAAUAAGCAAUUUAUCCAGAAUGAAGAGAGUUCUUUUGGUAAUUUGCAAAGUUGGCCAACUCUUGAGAUUCAGAGCAUUGAGGACUAAAGGUCAUGCAGGAGCUCAUCCGAAUCAACCCACAAGUCAUAGUGCAGCAGACUUAGUCUGGGCAGAGAAUCAGUUGAUAAAAUGGGACCAAGAAUCUCAUUUUCCGGAGCUCAUUCAGGAUCUCAUGAACAACAAAGCAGUGACCAUCAACAGCGCAGCAAUGAGAAAGUUGCACCCGUUUCUGGAUGAGGAGAGAAUUUUAAGGGUCGGUGGCAGAUUGGGACAUCUGGAUGAUGACUACAACACCAAAUAUCCAAAAAUUCUCCCACGCAGUGAUUUGACAAAGCUUAUCAUCCGAGAGAUGCACUUAUCACUAUUGCACCCCGGGCCACAGCUAUUGCUAGCUCAUUGUCGAAGAAGGUACUGGCCAAUAGGUGGACGUCAUAUUACAAGAAACGUUGUCCACAUGUGCAAGGCGUGCUUCGUGCACAAAACUUCUCGAGAAAACCAGAUAAUGGCAGACUUGCCUAAACACCGAAUUUCGUUGGUAAGGGCAUUUUCCAGCGUGGCCAUUGAUUGCUGCGGGCCAUUCUUUAUUAGAACAGGCGCCGAGUCCCGUGGACGCACUCAAAGGAUCGACAUAGUUGUCUUUGUAUGCACCUCAACCAAGGCAGUCCACCUGGAAAUUAUAAGCAGUUUGUCAUCAGAAGCAUUCAUGAGCAGCUUCAGACGAUUCACUUCACGUAGAGGAAUUUGCAAAGAAGUGUUCUCAGAUAACGGAAGGAAUUUCCUAGGAGCAUCACGUGAACUUCAACGUCUGUUAGCAGAAGAAGCUCAAACCAUUCAAGACCAAACAAUCAACCAGAACAUUACCUGGCACUUUCAACCGGCUCGUUCUCCGCACUUCAACGGAUUAGUCGAAGCAGCAGUGAAGUCAGCAAAGACUCAUCUCAAGAAAGUUAUUGGCGAGCAACGACUAAAUUAUGAGGAAUUUUAUACAAUUCUCACACAGGUCGAAGCCGUGUUGAAUAGUAGGCCGAUCACCAUUCUGUCGGACGAUCCCAGAGAUCCACAACCAUUGACUCCGGGUCAUUUUUUGCUUUUGGCACCACCGACUCAGCUGCCUGAUGAAAAUCUUGCAUCCGUGAGGAUGAACCACUUGACAAGAUGGCAAUUGUGUCAGCGGAUUGUACAAGAUUUUGUGAGAAAGUGGAGGCUAUCCUACUUGCACACACUUCAAGAGCGCUCAAAAUGGCACACGGAGAAAGAGAACCUGAAGGUGGAUGACAUAGUGAUCUUACACGAUGCUUCCAUAGGAACCACCAAAUGGACAACAGGAAGAGUUGUUGGAGUUCACACUGGAGGAGACGGGAAGGUGAGAGUUAUUGACAUAAAAACCCCGACAGGCACCUAUACCAGGUCAGUGACUAAAGUUGCCAAAUUUCCAACAUGUGAGAGUCACAAUCUCCCCCGGGAGCAUGUAUAGAAUUUCCAUUCUAUAAGACCUCUUAAAAAUAAGAGACAAAAGACGGUUGGAUUUUGAAUAUGCAUGGAGGGAGAGAGAAGGAGGAAAAAGUGGUGAAUAAGAUCAGCUGGAAAGAAAGUAGGGGAAGAGCGGGAACCAGUCUGGGAGUUACGUAAGACUUGAUUUUUGCAAAGAGACGUGAGGAGAAAAGUGUAUAAAUUUAUUUGUGAAUUAUAAAUUAAAUAUUAGUUCAAACUACAGAAAAAUUUACGUGACGUAGAGUUAAACGUGUUCAGUUCAAUCUAAGAGGAGAAUAUUUGUAAAUAAAAUAAUUGGUGAAGGUGAAAAGUGUGUUUCACUGCCUCAGUGGAUUUGG